AUGUCUCCGGACUCGUGGUCCGACGCUGACAGUGUAUCGCAACAUUCCCACAUGUCGCAUCCCGAUGAUUCACUUGAUCGGCAGCUACUGCGUCAUUUGAUGCAACGCUAUGGUCGCGAUGGUAUUGCUCAAUUGAUGGACGAGGAGGCUACUUCGCCUGCUGCAAACAUCAACGAUGCUGCAUCCGUUAUUUCAUCAAGUACUUAUUCUUCGGUCAAGUCAGAGGAAACUCCUAGCGUUUUCGAUGCCGCAAGUAUACGGACUUAUUCGUCCGACAACUCAUCCCUUCGAGGGAGUAUCAUCUCUAAUGUGUCGGCCCGCACCGCCAAAUUUCUCAGUCGCAAAGCUGCCCGCCCAUCCAUCACACCCCGGGAGGAAACUUCACCUGCUUCAAACGAGUCAAUAACACCAGCGCCCAAGCAAAAAGGCUCUUUUACAUGCGGUUUUUGUCGGGAAGAGGAUAUCCAAAAGACUUGUACACGCAAAAAUGAUUUGAAGAGACACAUUGAAGAUUUCCACAACACCAAUGCCCAAUGGUUUUGCCGACAAAAGGGUUGCGACAUGGUUUUUGACUGGCAGACGGCAUACAAAACUCAUCUCAAACAAGCCCACGGUGGUUCCCGCAUGUCUCUUGACGAAGCCAAGAUUAUUCUUUGCCCCCAAACUGUUUUCGCUUGCGGGUUUGAAAACUGUACCCAGGUUUUUGAGGCUCCCACCGACGACGAAGCCGACACCGUGUUCAAAGAGUUUGUGGCUCAUGUUGUGAAACACUUCGACGAGGGUUCCAACAGCGGAGAGUGGUCCUAUUCGGGACGCAUGCGAAACUUGCUGCGGCAGACAGGCCUUGUUCGUGCCUGGCAAAGUUCGUCCUGGGGCGCGGAAGAUAGAAGCCAGCUACAAUGGCAUCCUCAAUCUAGUGGCAUUCUUCGAAAACGCCUAGAAACAAGGCACUUGGGUGAUUUGCAACUCCUUGUUCAAUACGCUAUCGCUCUCGGUACAGAGCCAUCAUCAAUCACAAAGUACCGCGACGACUUUAUCAACCCUGUCAAGGACCAAUGCCGUCAGGUCAUCAUGGGACACAAGUCUCGGGCCCCUCCCUUGCCGCCUUCUGGCCCGUCUCCCAGCGCGGAUCAAUAUCAGUUCCGCAUCUCCCGGGGAAACACAACGCACAACCCCAAUUUGGCAGCAUACAUGGCCACGCAACGUCGAGCAUAUCCAGCCAGAGCCGGUCCCGUCCGUUCUGGACGUUCUGCUCGGCCACCGCGGCAGGCCAUGCCUGCAACUUCGUCGGCUCCAGGUCCCAUGCCACAUCAUUUCCAGUAUCCCAGCAUGGUACCUAUGUUUGAUCCACGACAGCAGCACCAGCAGCAGCAAUUUGCCAUGAUGCAGCAAGCCAACGGAGGUAUCAUCGCUGAGGAUCUGCGAAGCCUUCGGUCCAUGACCAACAGUGUACCAGAACAAGACAUGGACAUGGACACUGACAUGAUGGAUCACUCAUUUUUGCAGCAGCCUAACUUUUCGGGGGCUUAUGAAGCCCAAGGUAUCACUACAUCUGCCUCCGAUGGUUCAUGUCUUGCCCCGACAGAUCCUAUGAACCAUCAUUUAACAUUUGGCUUUGACACAGCGUAUCCCUAG